CUCUAACGUGGACCUGAUCUUGAAAGUACCCACAGAGCAAUACUCCUCUUUCGCAAUGGUCUCCGCCAACCGAGAGAUCCUCUCGCGCCACAGAGUUUGGAAGACAAUGAUCGACAGCUCCGUCAGAAGGAGGACCGCGACUAUUUAUAUGAGGGAGAGGUUCCCGCCGAAUGAGACUUUUCAUGUCAGGAGCGUGGUGCGGUCGGGAAACAGAAUGAUCCCGGCGACCAUGGAGAUUGCCAAGGACGCGAAUGGGGCCAACAAUUCCGUUUCUGAUGUUGAGAUGGAGCUUGUAAAAGGUGGCGAUGAUCUUGUCGGCUCCUGCUUGGACCUCUUGUCGCGACUCGCUUUCACCUCAGCCCCGAUCGCUCCUGCUCCUACUGCUGCAGCUCCUGUAACUGCCGCCGGUACGGGCACGGAUCUUUUGACCAGGUACAACGGUAAAUAUGGGUUCAACAGAGUCAAUCUUGAGGCCCACAAGGAUUGCUCACUUCAAGCACUCUGCACUGUACUCUGGUACAUGUACACGGGUGGGAUCCAUCGACGCGUCGAUCCUGCCGAUUUUAUUAUCACGACCUUUGAUCUACGCACAUCACCAGUGCUCCCACAGACACAGCGGCCGCAAGGUCAGACAAGCCAAUGGUAUGACAUCCGUCGAUGGGAUAGUCGUACACGCUACCGAUUCGAAUGCCCAGAGGUUCUUUGGCCGGAUCUACUCAUUGCCGCGAGUUGGUUUGGGCUCGAGGACCUGAAGGCGUAUUGUGAGAAGAAGGUCCUGAUGACCAGAGUUUACGGCGUGGGCCUGUGAUCCUUUAAGGGAGUACGCGAAGCAUCCGGAGUACUGGAAAGUGGUGGAUGAGGUCUGGAGAAGGUGGGGUGCUGAGCAGGAGAAGGAGAAGGUAAAGGAUGAGCUUGAGGAGGAUGAGCUGGAGAAGAAGAUGGAGGAGGGGGACGACCUUUAUAGUUGAAGGAGAAGCGUGCGCGAGAGGUGGCUU